ACUUGUUUCUUCAAUAUCAAUUAUUGAAUCAGUAUUCCAUCAAUACCACUUAAAAUCUUGUGGUGAGAUUUGCUUCCAGCUUUAUAAUUUUGUAGCUAACAGAUCUUCAUUUCCUUCAAACUUUUGCUAAUACAACAUGGCUGCAACUAUGAUAGGAAGUGCUUUCCUCUCUGCAACUGUUCAGACCUUACUUGACAAAAUUGCUUCCAAAGAGUUUCUUGAUUACAUCACAAACACCAAGCUAGAUAUCUCACUCUUGAAACAGAUAAGGCUAACACUUCUCACUCUUCAACCUCUCCUAGAUGCUGCAGAGGAGAAGCAGAUCAACACUCCUUCUGUCAAAGACUGGCUUGAUGGCUUCAAAGAUGCUGUCUAUGAUGCUGAAGAUCUUCUCAAUCAAAUUAGCUAUGAUUCCAUUCGAUGCAAGAUGGAGAAGACGCAAGCUGCAAGCAAAACUAAACAGGUGUGGAACUUACUUUCUUCUCCUUUUAAAAAUAUCUACGGAGAGAUCAAUUCCCAAAUGAAAGAUAUGUGUGAAACCCUCAAACUUUUUGCUGAUAAUAAAGAUAUACUUAGUUUGCAAACUAUAAGUGUCAGAGUUUCUCAUAGAACACCUUCAUGUCCCAUGUUCGACGAAUCUUUCAUGGUUGGUAGGGAAGAUGAUCUAGAGAAAGUAAUGAACAUGCUGCUAUCAGAAAGCAGUACUAGCCAGAACAAUAUGGGCGUAGUUGCAAUUGUAGGCAUGGGAGGUGUCGGAAAAACAACACUUGCACAGCUUGCUUACAAUGAUGAAAAUAUUCCAAAGCACUUUGAUCUCACAGCAUGGGCUUGUGUAUCAGAAGAUUUUGAUGUUUUUAGAGUAACCAAAACUCUCCUUGAAUCUGUCACUAAAACACCAUGGGAAACUAAUAAUCUUGAUUUACUUCGAGUUGAGUUAAGGAAAAAUUUAAGGGAUAGGAGAUUUUUCAUUGUGUUGGAUGACUUAUGGAAUGACAGUUGUUCUGAUUGGGAUGAACUUGUAUCUCCGUUGAUUUAUGGAAAAAAUGGAAGCCGAGUGAUCAUCACAACACGCCACAAAAAUGUGGCAGAUGCUGCGCGCACAUUUCCUAUUUUUGAAUUAGAUCCUCUAUCAGAUGAAGACAGUUGGUCUUUACUCUCCAAACGUGCAUUUGGAAGUGGAGACUUUUCUGAAACUCAACGCCGAAACCUAGAACCAAUUGGCAGGAAGAUUGCAAGAAAGUGUGGUGGAUUGCCAAUUGCUGCGAAAUCACUUGGAGGACUGUUGCGUUCGAAAGUAGAUACUGAAGAGUGGAUUGAAGUUCUGAACAAUGACAUAUGGAACUUAAAGAAUGAUAAUAUUCUGCCUGCAUUGCGCCUGAGUUAUCAAUAUUUGUCCUCGCAACUGAAAAGAUGUUUUUCCUAUUGCUCUAUUUUCCCAAAGGACUGUCUACUUGAUAGGAAACAAUUGGUUUUGUUGUGGAUGGCAGAAGGCUUCCUUGAUCAUUCUCAAGAUAAAAAAACUAUGGAAGAAGUAGGUGAUGAGUGUUUUACUGAAUUGUUAUCCAGAUCAUUGAUACAACAAUUGCAUGAUGACUCUAGUGGGCAGACUUUUAUCUUGCAUGACCUUGUUAAUGAUUUAGCUACUGUUGUAUCUGGAAAAAGUUGUUACAGACUUGAAUCAGGCGCUGAGAGCUAUGAAAGUGUUCGACACUUUUCAUAUAAUCAACAACAUUAUGACAUUUUCAAGAAGUUUAAGACUUUACACAAAUUCAAAUGCUUGAGAAGCUUCCUAGCCAUUGACUAUGAUGAAUGGGGAGAAUAUCAUUUAUCCAGAAAGGUGGUCGAUGAUUUUCUACCCACAUUCGAAAGGUUGCGUGUGUUAUCAUUAUCAAAAUAUGCAAACAUCACCACACUACCGGACACAAUUGGCAAUUUAGUGCAGUUGCGCUAUCUAGAUCUUUCUCAUUCUGAAAUCACAAGCCUGCCUGACACCAUAUGCAACCUCUACUACUUGCAAACUUUGAUUUUAUCUAUGUGCUCAAAUCUCACAGAAUUGCCAGAACAUGUUGGAAAAUUAAUUCAUUUGCGUCAUCUAUAUCUUGAUCAGACAAGCAUAAUAGAGAUGCCAAAGCAAAUUGCUGAACUAGAAAACCUUCAAACUCUAACUGUUUUUGUAGUAGGCAAGAAAAAUAUUGGUUUAAGUGUCAGAGAGCUUGGGAAGUUUCCUAAGCUACGAGGAAAAUUAUUCAUCAAGAACUUACAAAAUGUCAAUGAUGUCAUGGAGGCAAGUGAUGCAAACUUGAAGAGCAGAGAACAUAUUGAGGAGUUAACGCUACUGUGGGGUGAGGAAGUUGAUGACUCACUUAAAGGAAAAGAUGUGCUUAAUAAGUUACAACCAUCACCAAACCUAAAGAAGCUGAGCAUUGACUUAUAUGGCGGGACAAGUUUUCCAAGUUGGUUGGGAGAUCCUUCAUUUUCUAACAUGGUGUCUCUCUGCCUUGAUAACUGUGCGCAUUGCCCGAUACUUCCACCACUAGGGCAGCUACCUUCUCUCAAGGACUUGCAGAUUACUAGAAUGACAUCUAUUGUGACAAUUGGGCAGGAGUUCUAUGGCAUGGCAGCAGGAAGUUCCAAUUCUUCAAUCCAACCAUUUUCUUCCCUUGAGAAGCUUGUAAUUGAGGAAAUGUCAAAUUGGGAGGAAUGGCAUCCUCUUCAAGACAACAUAUUUCCUUUUCCUCAUUUGAAAACUCUGAGGUUAUCAAGGUGUCCCAAAUUGAAAGGACAUUUACCUAGUCAUCUUCCUUCCUUAGAAGAGAUUGUAAUAUAUCUUUGUGAUCAUCUCUUGGCAACACCACCUACUCAACAUUGGCUCUCCUCAAUAAAAAAGAUUCAUAUUGUGGAAGAUUCAGAUUCAAUAAGCAAUACUGAAAGGACCCAAUACUCAUUGCUCGAGAUUGAUUCUCCAUGUCUGCUGCAAACAAUAAACAUAUCGAGCCGUCAUAUGCAAAAAUCUGUACCUAAAAUGAUUAUAAACAGCACCUGUCUUCGAUUCUUGAUUCUCUUUGGUAUUAGUUCUCUCACUAUGAUUCCAACGAAUGGCUUACCUACUUCUUUGCAAUCACUUUCUAUUGAAAAUUGUGAGAACUUAGCAUUCUUUCCUCCUGAAAUGUGGAGCAAUUACACAUCCCUUGUGACUCUUACAUUAGAAGACUGCAAAGCACUUACCUCCGUCCCAUUGAAUUGUUUUCCUAUGCUCCAAAAUUUUUCCAUCUAUGAUUGUAACAGUUUGGAAUCUAUUUUUAUUUCAGAAACUUCUUCCUGUAGCUCUUCAACCCUCCAAUCUUUUCAUGUCCGUGAUUGCGAGGAACUUAGAUCACUACCUCAACGGAUGGGCACCCUCACCGCUCUUGAAAAGAUAUUUCUACGCAAUCUUCCAAAAUUGAAUUUAUCAUUAUGUGAAGGAGUUUUCCUACCUCCCAAUUUACAAUCAAUUGUGGUUGAUUCUGUGAUGAUAACAAAGCCGGUAACAGAGUGGGGUCUCCAAUGUCUCACUGCUCUUUCAUCAUUGGGUAUCAAAGGUGAUGAUACUGUUAACAUAUUGCUCAAAGAGCCGUUGUUGCCGAUUUCCCUUGUGUCUCUAGACUUCGUUAAUCUCUCUGAAAUGAAGUCCUUAGAAGGAAAUGGACUUCGACACCUCUCCUCUCUAGAAAGGCUUUGCUUUAUUAAUUGUCCAGAGCUUGUGUCAUUGCCAGAAAAAACAUUUCCCUCCUCGCUGAAAAAACUCUGCUUCGAUUAUUGUCCAAAACUAGAGUCAUUGCCAGAAGACAACCUCCCUACGUCUUUUGAGCAACUGAUCAUUGUAGAUUGUCCAUUGUUAGAAGAAAGGUAUAAAAGGAAGGAAUAUUGGUCCAAAAUUGCUCACAUCCCAGUCAUAAGAAUAAAUGACCAAGUCACAAUAUGAGCCAUGGGCAUUGAGAAGUCAAGGAAAUGAAGAAUUCCAAAGUGAGAUAGAGAAACAUGAGAGUGAAAUGCAUCAAGUUAUGUGGUGUUUCUUGUUGAACAAUAGUUUUUCAAAUUUGUAUACUAUGAGUCAUAAUUUGAGAUAUUUGUGUUGUUUGUUUGCUUAUGUUAUGUAUGUAUGAGUUGGUUAUAUAUUAAGCUUAAGUUUCUGUGUUUCUGUAUAAGCAUGUUGAUGUAUAGAAAAACAAAUGUAAAUACCGAUUGUUACAUUAAUUGAUUUUGGAAGUUUUUAUUCGUUUUCUGUAGGUUUAAAAAGAAAAUCAUAGUUUGAAACAAUUUCAAAUAAAAAGUAUUUUUCAAAUAGCUUUGUUAAAUAAUUAUUUUUUUAAAACUAACUUUUUAUUAAAAAAGAAUUAAAUGCAAGAUAAAGUCGUCGGCAUUUUGCUCGGUUCCACUUUCAAAGAUACCGUCGACAUUUCCAACAGCUCCGCUGGUUCGGAUCUUUUCUCUUUUCCAACUCCACUUUAAAUUUAUUAUUUAUUAAAUAAUUACUUAUUUCACUUAUGUCAAUGCAUUGUUGUGACAAUUUGUUCCCUAAUUUUAGCAAGAUAAAGUAUAGUUAACACUGUAAAAACAAUAAUUUAUGUUCAUUUAAAUUCAACUAAUCUAUGUGAAGAGUUCAUGUAACUUUCUUAAGAUUUGCUACAUUGAAAUCUAGACCUGAUUUUUGGCUUAUGAGUCGUGUAAGUGUAAGUCUAACCUUCUGUUUUGGUUUACCUAUUACCUAUUAUGAGUAAUGUUCAUAGUUAUUGGCAAUUCUAUGAGGCGUGAUUUC